GUUUUAAAUAUAAAGUAAACACAAACAAAAUUUGAAAAUAGAUAAAUAAUUAAAAUAACAAUAAGAACUAGAUAUGAACGCGCCACCGACAUUCGAAUCAUUUUUGCUAUAUGAGGGAGAGAAGAAAAUCAUCAAAGAAUUAGACACAAAAGUACCGAAUGCAGCUAUUUUCACCGUAAAUAAGGAAGACCAUACACUCGGGAACAUGAUUAGAAAUCAAUUGUUGAAAGAUCCCAAAGUGCUAUUUGCCGGUUAUUCCUGCCCACAUCCACUGGAACAUAAAUUUGUAAUCCGUAUCCAGACAACAUCAAAUUAUACACCUGAAGAUGCUUACAUGAACGCAAUUACGGAUCUUAUGUCUGAAUUGUCACUUUUUGAGGAACGAUUCCGAGAAGCAAUGAAGGAAAAGAAGGAAGGCGGCGAUUAAGCUUAUUUGUAAUUUAAUAUAUAAACUCUAAUAAAGUAAGUGUUUUAUAUUGUAAUAAACUGGAA